AACAGAAAUUGCACAUAGUGCCUAAUUUAAAUGCCGAUCGAGAUCUACCAGACACUAUGCAAAAUGAUGAAAUAUUCAAAACGUCUUAUGGAGUUGGACAUCACUGGAGGAAAGGGUUUUAUUUUCCUGAUUCCAACACAGUGGCCAAACUUAGUAAAAGACAUACAUGGAGUUUAGAGUCCGAAUCUGCAGUUAAGUUUGAAGAUCAAUAUCAAACGUCGAACAGGCUUAUGUACGAUCGGAAGAUCCCAAAGGAUUUUCUAAAGUUUCCACAGAAUCCUCUACCUCCUCAUCACUGGGAUGUUCACUACAUAAAUGAUUUUCGUUCACGAUUUCUCUCUGGAGGCUACAGAAGACCGCUAAGCCCAAGUCAUCAGACAACUGAAACAAAAGAAUCGUAUGGUGGUGCUGAUGGACCCAGUGAACUAUGGCGUCCACUAUCAAUGAGACCAUUUGAAAUCGAAGAUCAUCAUACGGACGGACCAUCCAAAAAUAUUAUCCCUUCUACUAAAAACGCCAGUUUGUCAGGCAGAGUGUUAUAUCCAAAGGACAAAGAAACAUUAAGAUACCUGGAUCCAUAUCUUACGACAUAUAUGAAAGAUCAUAGGGUUUGGAAACCUGAAGAACUAAAAGAAACAUCUGAAAAGAAUAUGCCAACAUACUUGAAUUUAACAGGCUACCCGACGUCAAACGUCUUUGGUUCAGAAUCAAAGUAUGUCAGUCAUACGUUGUCUAUGUUUGUUUAAUUACCAUUUUUCUUGUUGUAAUCAAAGUACUGCUCCCUUACUUUUUGUUUUCAAUGCAAAUGUCGAAAUGAUGGUCGCUGAAAUAAUUGGAACGCUGAUUUUCAUUCGAUUUCUUAGCAGCUGUAGGCUACCUGAAAGUAAACAAAUUUUUACCAUCUAAAUUUGUCAUUCAGCAAAAUAAAUUAGUCGAAUGUUUUUCGGCACAAAACAGGAACUUAUUGCAAAGCAUAAAAAUUAUUUGUAUUAUGUUUAAAAAAUAGGAAUAGCGUGAGUAAAAACGAAAAUUUUCCUUGCGUUUUCCGUGUGAUUAAUAUUUGAGUAAUUUCAAAGAUACUCUGGAGAAAAUAUUGGUGAAGAGGAAGACCCGUUUGUGAUAAUUAGAAGUAUUUGAAUUAUUGUACGAACUAGGAACCCCUUAAACAGUGAACUAGGUGAGCACAAACGAAAUUAUUGUGUUUGGGAUUCGAAAUCAGGCAGUCAGCAAGUAAAAAGGAAUCAUUAGUUCAUACAAACACCAUAGAGCUACUCUUAAUGAAUCUGGUUCAAAUACAGACGUUGACUAAGUUGUGUAUUUUCUGAUACGCUGACACCAAAGCACAGAUGUGAUUUAUGAAAAGCAACAAACUUGACCGGAUCUUAUCAAUAUUAAAAAUCAUAUUCACCCAUAUUAUCAUCAAAUGAGUCUGACAACUGGAGUUAUUCUGAGUCCACUAUUGAUCGAGUGUUCAACAUGAACGUCUAUCUUAAAUAACAACAUCAUUACGAUUUUAGGCUUGUAAAAAAAUUAUUGCAUCUUCCUAUGAAUUAUGACUUUUGAUCGAAAAUAUAAUAAUUAAACUGAAAUUACUCUGCAUCUAAUAAACAGACUUAUAAUCCGGAUUCUCUAUUCACUUUAUUUACUCAAAAUGAUAAAUUUAACAACCGAUAGACAUCUGCUGUUGUUAUUUAUUUGUUACUAGACCAAUACCAAUAGAAGGCAUUGGAAAACAAAAACAACCUAUGAUUGACACACUGAAGUUCAAUUGUCCCACAGAUAGCACUAGAAUACAACCGAUUUCUCAUCAUGUAGCACAUACGUAAGUUUCAUUACUUUCUGAACAUUUGAUUAAUAACUCUUAUACUCGGGAAUGCGUGCUAUGACAUCUGCAUCCGAUCCUCCCUGUCUGCCAAAAAUACUAUCCAGUUAUGUGUAAGUGAUAAAUAUAUUUUUUGUUAUAUUCCAGCUAUUAGAAAAUUGUAUUUCUGACGUUUUGUGGUUAAUGCAAUGAAAUACAAUUUUUUCAUCAUUGGGAUAUAACAAAAAACAUAUUUGUGAUUACCUUUCUAUCAGAUGCUCGAGUUAUUUGAAACUAUCAAGUCCAAACUUGGCAUCGACAAUUGCAUGUAAGGUUCCACGUCUUCUUAAGCUUUGUCAUUAAGUGUAGUUAAGUCGAUUCUCUUACCUUCUUACCUUGUGAGUGUUGCAGCCUAUCAGUAUCGAGGCUCUUGUUACACUGAUUGUCUUCACCUGCACUCGUUGUUAUGUGAGCGAUGGCAUGCCCAAGUUAUCGGCAAUGUCCGGAUCAUCUAGUUGAGCUCAAAGUGCCCACUGUAUUCUGUGCUGCCUCUCAGAUGUGGACAUCUUCAUAAUCCAGUUAACAACUAGCACAAGGAGAAGAGACGAGUAUAGAAAACCUUGUCUGACACUUGUUCACUUGGGAUUCAUCUGUAGGCUACCCUCCAUCAACGAAUUUGCAACCUAGUCCCUCAUAACUGUUUCAUGCGAUUAUGACGGUGUUUCUAGGCAUAUCGCAGUGUAGAAAAAGAUUCUACAAUGGUUUCUAGUGCACACCAAUUUAUGCUUUCUUAUAAGCAAGGAAGUCAAUGUAUAGUGAUGAGUGCCACUCAAUUGAUCGUUCAAGAAUUGUUCGUAGGGUCACUGUUUAGUCGAUAUGUGAUCAGUCCUUACGAAAUUCAUACUGUUGAUCUCAAAGCUUGGCGUCUACUAAAUCUUUCAUCCGAUUGUGUAAUCUCUUCUUUUUUCUAACAUUUAUUAAGACCUUUUAUUUGAUAUCUUGAUGAGGAAUACCUGUUUCCAGUUUGAUGGUACUUGUUUUUCCUCCUAAAUCUUUCUGAAGAGAGUAUAUAUAUUGUAUAUACACUUGACUCUAUGCCUAAAUUGAGUCCUUCAGCUCGUAUGUCAUCUGGUCCUGUUGCUUCGCCAUUCGUGAUUUGUCUGAUGUACUUGUUAAUUUUUUCUACCAUUGGUGGGGUAUUAUCGAUAAUGAUGUCUGUGUGUGCUGCUUCGAUGUUUGUUGAGUUCAUCGACGCUGGUCUAUUGAAGAGCCCUUCAUAGAGUUGUGCUCACCUAUUCCUCUCCCACUCAUCAUCAUGUUAUUAGAAGCAUACAAAUAUAUGUCGGUUUGUCAUUAUUCUUGUCUCUUUCUUCCAGUCCAUAUCACCCCGUAAUUAGUUUAUACUCAGUUUUAUUUAUUUAGACUAUGGCGUUUAGAUCGCUCAUCUAGAUGGCCAAGUAUUUUUCUGGGCAUUUAUAUAGUAUAGAAUACGAUCUCAUGUUUAUCUGAUCUUUGUCCUUAUCUGUUUGGCUAUCUGAAUGACAUUUCGUUGUUCCUCACAUUGUUUGAACUUUACAUGUUCUGAUAUUUAUUUUUGUCCUUGUUUUCAAAAAGGGCGUCGGCCCCGUGAUUUUCGGAAAUUCACAGCUUUCAUCAUACAGUGACAUAAAUCUCAUAUUUGUAAACCGUUUUUCUACUAUAACAGAACUCAUCAGGUUUUUACAAUUAAAAAUUCUGUAGUGGAUGCUUUUUUAUGGCGUGGGGUUGUUAGCCUCACUUCCGAACAUCCAUUUUUUAUCCGAAACUAGAAUCUCCAGUAACCACAAAGGUGACUCCAUCUGGAGUUUAAUUUUCGAUGUAUUGUCAAAUAAUGGUUUUGAGAAGGAAAUGUGCUAUUGAGACCUUAUUAUGAACUGUAUGAGGCUUUGAAAUGGACGGGGGUUCUAAACAUCUCUUUUGUAAUAGUUUAAAACUCCUCUGUUUUACUGAAUGUCAAUGUUUUCUGUAGUUGAUUUUAUGAUAUUUAGGACUUAAUAAAUUUAUGUUAUCUGAAGAAAUACUAACAAGUUAACUUAUUAACUUGAUCACUAAGAAACACAGUAAUCUCAGCUGUAGAAAGUAAUAGAUGACGGUUGAUUUCCUACCUUUAUCUAUUCCAUUAUUUUGUCGAUGCGAAACUGCUGUGUCCCGAUGAGAACAGUGAAUGGCAACUUUUGGGAUCCAUUUAUGGACCAAUACCACGCUUAUAUUUUUACCGUAUAAUUGUUAACUAACCAAACUAUUCAUAUUCGUGUCCCUCUUAUUAAGGGCUUCAUUUUGACCUAUGAACUAUUGUUAUAUGAUUUACCAUUCUUAAAUUAUGCCCUAUACCCUUAUACCUAUGUUGAUAUACAUUUUCGUUUUAAUAAUGAAGCUUUGAAAGCACUUACCAGUCGGAAUACAAACAGCCCAAUAGUUUAUUAGGAAAAGCGGAUAAAUUAUGCACAACAGAUACACCAUUCACUUUGCCAGGUAUAUUAUUCUUGAUUGUUAAAUUUCAAUAUAAUAUCAAAAUUUUCUAAAAUUAUUAUUAUCAUUAUUAUCACUGAAAAUCAGAGUGAGCUUUUUGCCUCAUACUGGUAUAGUUUAUGAACUAAAACAAUUACAUUUUGCUGAAUGUUUCAGUAUUCUCACUGUUACGUACAUCCAUAAUUAAAUGGAAUGUGACAAAGUUGUUCUUUAAACAGCCAUCACACUUACUCAGUUGGAUUUUAUCAAGGUCUGUCGUUCGUUGAUAAUCUUUUAAAACCACAGUCUGUUUAUAAUUUCAAAUUUUAAUCAUAAUCUAUUUGUUUCGUGCAUCUACCGGUAUUAUUCUUAGUAGAUAAAGUCAAAUUGUACUUGUUUUGACUGGAGCUUUUUUCAGCUUCUAGCUCGAUAGUAUUACGCGUAGUGUUCCGACAAGAUAACUGUAGAGAAAAUAAACUCCUCACAAACUAGGAUUGACACAUAAGCAACAUUGUAUCAGGUGUGUAAUUAACGUUUCAUUAGAAAAUAUUCCACCCAUUUAUCUGGUUUUCGAUAUACAGGUUAGCUACUUUUUUUAAUUAUUGCUGUUUUUAGUGGGUGAAAUCUGUUCAUAUCUAAUUGCCUGUCAAUAUCUACCACAUAAUUCAUAGUUAUAAUUCCAGUAAUAGGAAUUACUGUUCACUUAGUAAGUUGAAUAUUGUACAAAGAAGCAAUUUUUCAAAGAAUUUGAUAGUGUUUCAAUGUGAGGUAUCACAUGUACAUUUAAAUCCAGAAUAAUAAUCGUACAUGCUUGUAAGUUAAAAUAACCACGCAACAUAUUUCUCAUCUAUUUUGAUGCAACUCAUUAACGAAGCGGAGGAUUAAUGUGCCCUGUGUGAAAACUAACUUUAGUAGUCCUGUUCGUUUUUCGGGGGUUAUUGAUAUAAAACAAAAGGUUCGAAAUUACAACUUAUUGUUUUAGUAUUAUAUACUUGAACCAAUAAACCAAUUAUAAUUCCUUGAAAAAGCUUGAAUCAGAUUGCCAGGUAAAACGUUGGAUUUAUUUCAAAUACAUUCGCUGAGAUUUUACAAAUACAUUCUUCCCUCUUAAUGUCUCACCUCAACUCAGCGCCCAAAUACUGUGAAACUAUUCGAUCAAAUUUAGACGAGAGUUCUUAUAUAAUUAUGUAAUAGCAUGGAACAGAUUUAUAUCAAUCAUUUAAUUUUUAAUCAUAUUUUAAAAGUAAUCUAUUCUCUAUAUUCUUCUUCCUUAUCAAGAUCCUGGAACUGUCCUAGUUCAUGCUACACCAAAUAUGUAUAAAACAGAAUAUUCUGUUAUAGGUGAAUAUCAAAAAACAAUACUGUAAAAGUUAAAUAGUAAGUAGAUGGAGAGUAUUCACUCAGUCCUAUAUUGUAUGUCUACAUGUACACAUACACACUCAUGUACUUAGUAUCAAGUUCGAUUACACAGAUAUAGUGUAUUACCUUUCGAUCAAAUUGUAAUUUAGAAUAUCAAAAAUAGAUUGAUUUCAAUAUUAUGAAAGAUAAUUUUCUUCUCAAUACUUUUUGUUUUAAUGAAUUAACAAAAUAAAUACUUUUGUUUAA